GCAAAGAGGCAAGCAGGACGGAGGGAGACGGAAGUCUGAUCGUGAUCUCUCCAAAAUGGACAUCAAGCAUGAAGAAGAAGGAGGAGGUCUCGGUCCAGAGUAGGACUUGUGGCUUGCACGCAUCUUUAUGCGACACCACAGACGAAGAGACUGCCUGGCUUUAAAAGGGGCAAUGUGAGGCUGGUUUGUUGUGCAGAGCAGAUUCAGACACAAUCAACUGAGGGGUAUUUGUGUGCCUGUGUGUAUGUGUGUGAGUGUGGUUGAACGUGUCUGUGAAGGCAUAGCAGUAUAAACCCAGUACAGCACAGUGGUGUGUCUUUCCCUCCCACAAGACUUAAAACCUCACAAGCUGGCUGAUCAUAUGAUGUUGCUCGAAAGAGUCUGGAGGGGUCUUUUGCAGUGCACAUCUGCAGUUCCAUGCCAGGAAGUCACGAAAUUUGACAAAUGAUCAGGAUGGGCUAGAAAAAUCCUUCUCCAAACUGGUUUAUUGGAUCUGUGAAUGGCUGUGCUGGAUGUUAUAACAACCCUCAGGAUUUCACAUUUAUUCAACCUUACAAAAGGAACAUCCAAAUGAACUUCAUGUAGCAGAGGAGGACAUUUUGUAGCAAGGCAACAUUAACUGUCAAAACAUCUUUAACCAAAACCCACAAAAACCUCAAAAAGAAAAAAAGAAAAAACCAACACAAAGAAACUGACCGAGAGAGGCGCUAAUGGAGGACGAAAUCUUGUGCUCCUCUCUGCCAGAUAGUACAGAUUCAGUCCUUCAGCAGCCCCAACAAGACUCAUGGACCUCUAUAGACCAGCAGUACAUCAAUGGAGAACAGGAGGCCAUUGUUUGGGGCGAGUCAGAGGUGCAGAUAAACCAGGCACAUGGGACAGAUCAACUCAGUCUCUCCCCGAAGGCCGGACAAGAGACUCCUGAGGAGGCAGAACCGUGGGAGCAAUUAAUUUGGUCAGUACGUCCCAUGACCUGUACUGGUGCUCCACUUUCUUUUGCCACAGUACAGUGGGACAUACCCGCACCCUUUACUGAGACGCCUUCACUUGUGACUGACAGGAGCUUGGCCAAUGAGCUGGACUCUGGUGGCGUAAUGACUCUAGACACCACUUCCCCAUCACUUCAACAGUUUCAAGAUGAUAAUGCUGAGCUUCUUAAACAGCAGGAGAGAGAGGAAAAAGAUGGGUUUGAUUCAGGGCUUCUGAACUCAAAUCUAGAGUGGACAGAAAAUGGCUCUGAGCCAUGUGAUAGUGCAGAUGUGCAAGAGCCAACGACACAGGAAAAGGAAGAGUCAACACACAAGCUGGUAGACAGUAAUAAUGAGAUUAUACUGAGGACAGACUCAGAAGAAGAGGAGGGACACUCUGUUACCUCACAUCCUAUUGAAACUGUGGAAUUAAUCGAUACUCUAGAGAAGAUUGAAGGCUCAGAAGAUGAGGUGGACAGUCUUGUAAAUUUAAAACCAGAAGAGGAACAGCAGGAGCCAGGCGUUCUUCUGACUGGACAGGGAGGUUCAGAGGACUGGCAAACUUCAGCAGAUGGUGUAGAGAUUGAAGAAGAGAAUGAGGAGGGAGGCGAAGAAGAAGAGGAGCAGUGUGUGACAAACGUGUUUUGUACUGAAGAAAGUGAAGAGGCAAAAACUGUCAGUUGUCUGAGGGAUGUGAAGGUUUCUGCAGAGCCACUACAAACUGAUGAUACUGGACUAACCCUAAACCCAGAUAAGCUAAUUGAACAGUCAGAGCUUUUGGAGGAAUGUCAGCACUCAGGGGCUGAAGAGGACAUUGUGAUACUGGAACAGUUACAUGAAGGUCCCACAGGUCAGACUAAAGAGCCAGAAAUGUGUAAAGAUGUAGAUCAUAACGUGGAACAGUCAGAGGCUGUGGACGAAGACGACGACGACGAAGAAGCAUCAUUACGGGAGGAAGAAAACGCAGAGAGGGUAGAAAUCUCACAAGAGAUACUAGAGUGGACUGAAAAAGUGGAGGAGACAAGUUGUUUAGAGCAACACGAUUUUGACCACACAGCUUCACAGGAGAGAGAGGUAUCACCACAGCCCAAACAGUCUGAGUCAGAGCAGCUGGAAAUGACUGAAGAGCCGGAGCAGAUCGAAGCAGAGGUGUCACAUCAGAUAGAGGAGCAACACUCUGAUGAUUCUGACCAGUUAGGACAGUCACAACAUCUGGAACAGUCACCACAGAUGGAACUGACAGAACAAUCAACCCAACCUGAAAAUGCAGAGCUGACAGAGGAGUCUACUCAGUCAGAGCAGACAGUUUGUGUUGAAGCUGAAGACCCUGAAGUUGCAGAGCAGCAAGAACUGAUGGAGCCAACAGAGCAGAAUGAACAGAAUUCAGUUGAGUCAGAAAUAACAGAUCAGCCGUCUCCCGAGGCUGAGGUCACACAGCAGAAAGCAGAGGCUGACUUAAAUCAGGUGGACAGGCAGGCCAAGGCGUUACAUCACGCUGAAGAAGUAGGAAGUUCUAAGAAUGGAGACGUACGAACAGUCAUGGCAAAUGGAGAGCAGCCCAAGCCCCCUGAGACGGCUGUGCCUCAUAUGAAUGGAGGUGAGGUGGACAGAGCGAUGGCCCGCUGCCUUGCUGAACGGCUGUAUAAGUUGGACGGAAUCCAACGUGUAGACGUGGUGAAGCAUUUAGAUAAAGAUAAUGACUUUAGUUGUUCUGUCGGAGAGGAGUACCUCAAAUUCUUUGACUUCACCGGGCAAACUCUGGAUCAUGCCCUGAGGUCUUUUCUGAAAGUCGUGAUACUGAUAGGAGAGAGCCAGGAGAGGGAGCGUGUGCUGCAGCAUUUCGCCUCCCGCUUCCAUCAGUGCAACCCCGACUCCUUCUCUUCUUCAGGGCCUGUGUUGGCUCUGACGUGUGCUUUGAUGCUUCUCAACACUGACUUGCACGGACAGCAUGUAGGAAAAUCCAUGUCCUCCUCUAAGUUUGUGUCCAACCUGGAUGGGAUGAAUGAAGGUCAAAACUUCAGCAAGGAUCUCCUGAAAAGUCUUCAUAAUUCCAUUAAGAGUGAGCCGCUGCAGUGGGCUGUUGAUGAGGAGGAGUUGAAAAGCUCUGUGUUGCUAGAUGAGGAUGUAGGAGACGAUGCACCGCUGCGAUCCAAAGCCAACCCCUUCCAGGAUGUUCCUCAUGACAAAAAGGCCUCAGUGGUCAAAGAGGGAUUCCUCCAGAGAAAGCUCCACGCAGACAUUGACGGCAAACGCACUCCGUGGGGGAAAAGAGGCUGGAAGACUUUCUAUGGAGUGCUGAGGGGAAUGGUUCUUUACUUGCAGAAGGACGAUUACAGGAGGGAUCAGCAGACUAACGAGGAGGUGGUGAGUGUGCACCACUCUCUGGCUGAGCAGGCAGCAGAUUACACCAAGAAGCCGCACGUAUUCCGUUUGCAGACAGCUGAUUGGAGGGUUUUCCUCUUUCAGGCCUCAUCCAAAGUGGAGAUGAACUCGUGGAUCAGCCGCAUCAACCUGGUUUCGGCUCUGCACUCCUCGCCUCCGUUCCCUGCUGCUGUCGGCUCCCAGAGGAAAUUCUUCAGGCCGAUCCUCCCCGCCUCGCAGUCUGCUCACACUCUGGAGCGGCAGCUGCAGUCUCAUGCGGGGAUGCUGGCGUCCUUCAAGGCGGACCUGUCGCACCUGCAGCAAAACCCGCCAGAGGGUAGAAAAGCCAGAGCCAAGGAGCUGGAGGAGCAUCGCGUCAGAGGAGAGUACCUGCAGCACGAGAUGUGUCGUUAUGAGAUCUACAUCCAAGUGCUGGAGGGCUGGAAGAGCACGGAGAAGACAGACAACGAUGUGCUGAGCACAGCAGACCUGAACCUGUUUGAUAAAGCCAUGUGUGAAUACUCGGUCGGGGAGGAAGACGAGGAGGAAGGCAGGCUGAAAAAGUCCCACUCCAGCCCUUCUCUGGAGCUGGAGAUGGCUCCCCCAACGGUGAUCAAAGUCAGACGCAAUAUCUCCGAAAGACGGACUUAUCGCAGGACUAUCAUCCCUCGAUGGAAUAAAGAGGCCUGAAAGGUGUUUUAUACGACUCGUUCAUGGCUAUUUGAAAAUGCAGAUUUAUACUGUAUAUUUCUGCUGCGAGCUCAGGGAACUUAUCACUGAUCACAGGGAAUCAUCAAAGUUACUGUAUAUAUGAAACCUGUCUCAGCAAGUUGUUUUGUUUUUCUGCAUUUUUUUCUCAUGCACUUUUUUAAAGAUGAGCCUCAGGGAAUCCCUAAAGCUCAGACUCUCUCAGGAUAGAGAGGAGAACCCGAUUCUGUUGUUGAGUGACUCAAAAUUUCUGGUCCUAAUCAAUUCGUUUUUAAAAAAUUUUUUUUGUCUGUAUUAAUAGUCAAAAUAGUACAAAAUUGGUCUCAUUUGCAAUGUUUGGGCAGAAAUUGCGCCUUUUUAAAGUGUAAGCCACAAGAGGGUACUGUAGUACAGGUCAUGUCUAAGUGAAUGGUGGGGGAUAAGAUGUUGUGUCAGUCAGUUAUGAACUUGUUUUAAGGAAUCCUAAUUGCACUUUUGUUGUUUUUAUUAUUGUGCAGAAAUAGUUGAUUUGUUGACAUUGUUGCCACAGUUAUAAAUUGUGUUCAUAUGAAGGGUUUGUUUUCAAAAAUACUAUGUAUAUUUUUCCUCUUUGGGGAAAAUAAAAUGUUACUUGUGUUUAUCAUUCAGUAUUGGUCGAUCUGAAACCUCUGGUUUAAGUGUCUGUAAUUCAGUUGUUGUCUUUAAAUUUAGAUACAACACACACCAGUCAUUCAAACAUUGACUCCACAGUUACAGGUUUUGUGAGCUGGAACGUCAGAUACGAGCAGCUUUCUGUAGCAAUGAGAGUAUCUGGUGCAAAAGUGCUCACCCUGUGAAAUGUGUUUAUUUUAUUUUGUUUAUUCUUAUUUAAUGAAGGUGGU